AGCGCGCGGCUGCGCCGGUCGGCGCCACAAUGAGCAAAAUGGCGGCGCCGACGGCAACGUUGCCGCCUCAGCUCGCGGGCAAGUUCAAGGGAUCCUUCGCAUAUAAUACAAUUAAAGAUAGGCUGCCUCUAAUCCUGACUAAAGUUGUUGAUACUCUGCAUCGACAUAGAAAUGAAUUCUUUGAAGAACAUGGAGAAAAAGGUAUUGAAUCAGAGAAGAAAGCUAUAGCCUAUCUCGCCAGGUUACGGAAUGAGCUGCAGACAGACAAACCGCUGAUUGCCUUGAAGGAUAACCUCCCUGACACUACUCUCUGGAACCAAUGCUUAGAAUAUCAUCAAAGUUUAUCAGAUGAACCACCAAGCUGGUUUCAGUCUCCUUGGCUAUAUACAGAGUGUUAUAUGUAUCGUAGAAUUCAUGAGGCACUCGCUCAGAAUCCACUCAUCAGUGACUUUGAUGUGUUUAAAGAAGAAAAGAUACACAAUUUCUUUGAAUCUCAACAAGCUAUAAUUCUAAUAAGUACUUAUCUGCAAGAUAUAUUGAAAAACGUGGAGAAGCUAGAUGAAAAUUUAUUGAAAAAGGAAUUUUUUAAAUUGCUUCAGGUUUCACUGUGGGGCAAUAAGUGUGACCUUUCACUGUCAGCCGGUGCAGAUAGUUCUCAGAGGUCUGACCCAUUACAGUCUGUGGAAGAGUUAAAACCUUUUAUCUUGGUGGAUCACAUGGAAAAGCUUUGGUCACUGCUUAUAAACAAAAAGAACAUGAAUAUGCAGACUACUAGACUUGACAUAGUCCUGGAUAAUGCUGGUUUUGAACUUACUGCUGACCUUAUACUGGCUGACUUCUUGUUAUCCUCCAAAUUAGCUACUGAAAUUCAUUUCCAUGGGAAAAGCAUCCCAUGGUAUGUGUCAGAUACUACAAGGCGUGACCUGAAUUGGACAAUUAAGCAAAUGCAGUCAGCUAAUCACAAAGGGAUGUCUAGGUGUGGUAUCUCCUGGGAGGGCUAUUUGAAAAGUGGUGUCUGGAUUUAUCAUGAUCACUUGUUCUGGACAUCACCACAUGAAUAUUGUAGGAUGGCUCAAGUGGCUCCUGAUUUGUACAGUGAAUUGCAGAAGUCAAAUUUAAUUAUUUUUAAAGGUGAUUUGAACUACAGAAAGUUGAUAGCUGAUCGGAAGUGGGAAUUCACAGUGCCAUUCCAUCAAGCCUUGAACAAUUUUCACCCUGCCCCCCUCUGUAGCUUAAGAACGCUAAAAUGUGAUAUCCAGGUUGGGCUGAAACCUGGGCAAGGUGAACAGCUUACUAAAACUGAACCUGAAUGGAUGAUCAUUGGGAAAUAUGGAAUAAUUCAGUUUGAUGCUGCUUCAUGAUUGAUGUGCAAAGUUUAAAGGACAGUGGUGUGCUAAAUGCUUUUGUUGGUCAAGGUUGAAAGACCGCUGGCUUUCAAUAUGCAUGUUCUCUUCUACGGGUCUUACUGCUAUUUUUAAGGUGGUGUGCAAUUGUGGCAUUUUACAAACCCUUUUCUGAUAUUCAUGGUCUUAAAAAAUGAAAACUUCAUUCUUGGAUAUUUGUAAGUAAAGAACGCUUGACAGAGGAAACACUGAGUGAGAGCAGCUUUAGUAGCUGCGGUUUGUCUGACCUCUAUUCUAACAUUAAUGACAACAUAUUGCACUUUGAUUUGCUAAAAGUUUUUGGUUUUUCUGUAGCUCAACUCUUUAUUUAAAUCUGCCUGAACUUCUCUGGUCAAGAUUAGAUUAAAUAAAUAAAUGGAUUCAAAUGGAUUCAAUGGAUAGACUUGAAUUCUUCCUCCAGUAUAAGAGCUAUCGGCAUCAGUUGGUGGGAGUUUAAAUAAAUAACCUGGCAUAUAAGGAACACCUUUUUCCACUUUCUAGCUACGCUAGGCUUUAAGUAGCACUGUGGGUUAACUACAACUAGAGAUGGAAGGCUUUGCCCUCACAUGAUUACAGUGGAACCUCGGUUUACGCCUACCUCCGUUUAUGAAUGCCUCCGUUUACGAACGCCACGGACCCGGAAGUGUUUACAUCCGGGUUCCGCGGCACUCGGAUGCGCAGAAGCGCUCUAUCUGCUUCGUGCAUGUGCCAAAGCGUGCCUUCGGCGACCAAAUACCUCGGCGAGUGAACGCCUCCGUGGAACAGAUUGCGUUCACAAACCGAGGUACCACUGUAUUGGCAAUUGGGUGAGACUACGUUCCCAUUUUUCCCUUCCUGCUUAUGCUCAGGGGCUUUGAGGUAGGGGAGGUUGUUGUUUAGUCAUUUAGUCGUGUCCGACUCUUCAUGACCAGGCACGCCUGUCUUCAAGCACACCAGGCACGCCUGUCUUCCACUGCCUCCCGCAGUUUGGUCAAAUUCAUGUUGGUAGCUUCGAGAAUGUCCAACCAUCUCGUCCUCUGUCGUCCCCUUCUCCUUUUGCCCUCAAUCUUUCCCAGCAUCAGGGUCUUUUCCAGGGAGUCUUCUCUUCUCAUGAGGUGGCCAGAGUAUUGGAGCCUCAGUUUCAGGAUCUGUCCUUCCAGUGAGCGCUCAGGGCUGAUUUCCUUCAGGAUGGAUAGGUUUGAUGUUCUUGUAGUCCAUGGGACUCUCCAGAGUCUCCUUCAGCACCAUAAUUCAAAAGCAUCAAUUCUUCGGCAAUCAGCCUUCUUUAUGGUCCAGCUCUCACUUCCAUACAUCACUACUAGGAAAACCAUAGCUUUAACUAUACAGACCUUUGUCGGCAAGGUGAUGUCUCUGCUUUUAAAGAUGCUGUCGUUUGUCAUUGCUUUUCUCCCAAGAAGCAGGUGUCUUUUAAUUUCGUGACUGCUGUCACCAUCUGCAGUGAUCAUGGAACCCAAGAGGAGGUAGCAAUUUCAUUAAUUGCAGAGGAGAUAUAGCAAUGGAUGAGUGUUGCAGCAGAUAGAGAGGACAAUGUGAGGAGGAAAGGGCCUUCCCUACCCUGCUAAAGUAUUUGGGAGGCAGUUAUAUUAUUUAGUUGGAGAACAAAUGUCACUGGGUUGGAUGGCACCUUGUACAUUCUAUUUUCCUUUGGACUGCAUCAGCGAGGCCAACAAUGGGUGGGGACCUUUGUACACACUCCUCAGGUCUGCGCUCCGGUGAGGUCCCUUUGGUGCUGCUAAGAAUAUCUAAGUGUGGUUUUUGUCUAUUUGGUUAGGCAGUCCAUGAAAUCACAACAGUGAAUUCCCAACAGAAGUACACACACUAGUCUGCAUUUUAAAUAAAGAGACUUGUGAAAUAUAGUUUAUGGUAUAAUGCUUUAGAUUAUUAUAAAUUAAUAUAGUACUAUUGGGUAGAUGGCUUUAUGAUACAAGCAGCUAUUCAGGUGCAGUCAUCUUACACAAUUCUAGAUAUAUUCUGGCUUUUCAUUUGUACUUUCAGUUGUUGAAACAGUUCCACAAUCCCAAUAAGCUCUUGUUUUUCCAACACCAGCAUCUUAUCAAUGGACCUCCUCAAAGUCAUGGUGCAAGGAUAGUUAAGCAGCUUUAUCUUAACUAUAGGAUCAAAGUGUAGAAUCAAAAUGGAUUUUCAAAUUCCCUCUAUUACACCCACAAUGAUGCUAAAAUUGUGGUGCUGGGAGUACUUUCUUUAGUUGGAGUCCAUUAGAAUGCAUACAAAAUUACAUGAGCAUCUAAGUUGGGCUGUCACCUCUGUACCUCCCUGCCAGUGAGACAGUGGCAAGAUCUAUUUUCUAUUCCUGUAAUUAUUAAGAAUCAGCUAAUAUUGCCACCUGGUUCUCCAAUAACAAUCCCAGGUCCAAGGGUCUUCCUUCACCCUUAAAGAAGAGUAUGCACCCAGGAACAGUAUUUCCUCAUCUGUAUAGUCUGUCCCUCUUCCUCUAAGUUUGUCUUGCCUAGAUUGAUCUUACGCUUUAAGUCUACUGCAGAGCCCAGACUCUUGUUCAGGGAUACUGACAACAUGGGAUAAUCUCAAUUGAGACAUUAAUGACAAGCAACUCCCCGUCCGUGGUUGCGCUUAAGCCCGUUCCAGCGCCGAAAACACGUGCAUGGGGGGGGGGGGGUCACGCAUCAAUUGGAGGUGCACAAAAUGGUAGCUGCCUCUACAUAUAUAAUUUAGAAGUGUCUCCAUUGGCUCUGCUGUGACCAGCUCCAUCCUCUCCCUCUCAGUGGGAGAGGUGGGAGGCAGAAGGCUCAUCAGAUUUGCUGAAAGCCCAGCUCUAUCAGGCACCUCCUACCCAUCAACUGUGCCAGCUGGUCAUUAUAAGAACAACUGUUCUAAGAAUUGGUGCCUGAGUUUAAUUUUUUCCUCCCCGUCCCUUCUCCCUUGCGUUUUGUAAGUCUGCGGAAAUAGAAUAUACAGUACACAUGAUUCCUAACUACAGUCGCAACUCCUCCCACUUCUUCGCGUCUCUUCGCUCCGCAGCCGCAAGUUUGGCUUCUUCUUUAGUCGUGUCCGACUCUUCGUGACCCCAUGGACCAGAGCACGCCAGGCACUCCUGUCUUCCACUGCCUCCCGCAAUUUUGUCAGACUCAUUUUGGUAGCUUCGAGAACACUGUCCAAGUUUGGCUACUCAGCGCCAACGAUACGAGGCGGAAGCCAGCUGCGCCCGGUCCUACUGAGGACGGAA